AUGACCGAUGAACCCACAAUCGACAUGGACGACGACUACGAUGACAUCACCACUCCAGAAGAAGUCCUCCGAAAAAUGACGUUGAUGUGGCAAAAUGAGUUGUGUGCUCCGUGUCUUCUACCGUCCCAAAUGGAACUUGUGGAUAUUCUGCUCGAUCAGAUUCAGGGAAUGGAGGAUGAUAUCAGUCGGCAGAGGGAUAAAAUGCAGCUGAGAAUCUCGCUUCAUCGAUCGGAAUUACAGAGAAUCAGUUUUCUCACGUCGGAUUAUGUUAGAUGCCGCCUCAGAAAAAUCGAAGCCAACCCGAACAACGUCAUCGAAGAGCACAAUUUGCGGAAAAAUGACGUGACGAAUCCAAUCGAGCUGCUAUCAGAGACUGAGCUGAAAUUCGCUGAAGAAUAUGCUCUCGCUGAGGCGGAACUUUUCGAGAAGACUGUCAUAGAAUUCAUGCCAGUGGCGCUCAAAAAAAUCCCAGUACCCAAACCGGAUCAUAAAAACGAUAUGGUAUACGCGAAGGUGCUUGACGACGAUGUUGGCAACGUGACAGUCACGGAUUGGCGAGAUUUGAAUGCGGAACUCGUGUUGGAAAUGGAUAAAUCGUCGUGCCAUCUGAUUCCGUUCGAAUCUGUCAAACCAUAUGUCGAGGAGGGAAAAAUGCAGUUGUUGUGA